CAGCAUAGCUCAGCUGAACUCACAUCUCCCGUCAACAUGCCCUACAACUGCCGCCCUGGAAGCUUCUCCUCCCGCUCCUGUGGGGGCUACCUGCGCCAACCAGGCGCCUCCUGUGGCCCUACCUACCCCAGCAACCUGGUCUACAGCACUGACCUCUGCUCUCCCAGCACCUGCCAGCUGGACUCCUCCCUCUACACCGGCUGUCAGGAGACCUGCUGUGAGCCCACCAGCUGCCAGACGUCCUGUGUGCCAUCCAGCCCCUGCCAGACGCCCUGCUACCGCCCAAGGACCUCCUUGCUCUGCAGUCCCUGCCAGACAACUUACCCUGGAUCUCUGGGCUUUGGGUCCAGCAGCUGCUACUCCCUGGGCUGUGGGUCCAGUGGCUUCAGACCCCUGGGUUAUGGAGGCUGUGGCUUCCCUCCCUUAGGCUACGGAUAUGGAUUCUGCCGCCCAUCCUACCUGGCUUCUAGGAGCUGCCAGUCUUCUUGUUACAGACCAACCUGUGGAUCUGGCUUCUACCGAUCAACUUGUUAAGAGCUCCU